CAUAUAUGCUGUUUCACUUUUUUCCGACAGCCCUGACUGCCAGCACACCCUGAGUCACAGCGGAGGUGUCGGUGGCACUCCAAUAACGAGAGCAGCCGGAGUGGCAACCACAGGCCAAGAUUUAAGUUUACCUCCAAUAUGGGAGAAUUCAUCUUCAACGAUGUGAACUUGUAUGAUUACGGUAAUUACAGUUACAACACUGACCUGCCCAUGAUUCUACCGGACUCUGCCCCAUGCCGGCCAGAAACUCUGGAAGUGAAUGUGUACGCCGUGGUCGUCAUCUACACCCUGGUCUUCCUGCUGAGCCUGCUGGGUAACUCGCUGGUGAUGCUGGUGGUCUUAUACAGCCGGGUCAGCCGCUCUGUCACCGAUGUCUACCUGCUGAACCUGGCCAUAGCCGACCUGCUCUUUGCCCUGACCUUGCCCAUCUGGGCCGCCUCCAAGGCAAAGGGCUGGAUCUUUGGCACAACCCUGUGCAAGGUGGUCUCGCUCCUGAAGGAAGUCAACUUCUACAGCGGUAUUCUACUGCUGGCCUGCAUCAGCGUGGACCGCUACCUGGCCAUCGUCCACGCCACACGCACGCUGACCCAGAAGCGGAACUGGGUCAAGUUCAUAUGCUUAGGCAUCUGGGCCCUGUCCUUCAUUCUGUCUUUGCCCAUCCUCCUCUUCCGCAAGGCCGUCUACCCACCCUAUUCCAGCCCAGUCUGCUACGAGGACUUGGGUGCCAACACAACCAAAUGGCGGAUGGUGAUGCGGGUCCUGCCCCAGACCUUCGGCUUCCUCCUGCCGCUGCUGGUCAUGCUGUUCUGCUAUGGACUCACCCUGCGCACGCUGUUUCAGGCCCACAUGGGGCAGAAGCACCGGGCCAUGCGGGUCAUCUUUGCUGUCGUGCUCGUCUUCCUGCUCUGCUGGCUGCCCUACAAUCUGGUCCUGGUCUCAGACACCCUCAUGAGGCUCCGGGUCAUCAAGGAGACCUGUGAGCGUCGCAACGACAUUGGCCGGGCCCUGGAUGCCACAGAGAUUCUGGGCUUCCUCCACAGCUGCCUCAACCCCCUCAUCUACGCUUUCAUCGGCCAGAAGUUUCGCCACGGACUCCUCAAGAUCUUGGCCAUCCACGGCCUUAUCCGCAAGGAGUUCUUGCCCAAGGAUAGCAGGCCUUCCUUUGUUGGUUCCUCUUCGGGGAACACUUCCACCACCCUCUGAGACCCCCGCCCCUGUUGCAGCCCCUCAGGGCUCCUCCCUUCCCUUCAGCAUCCCAUCCCAAGCCUCACGUCCACUGGCUGUCCUCGGUCUCUGGGUCAAGGCGGCCCCCGUUGUGGUUACAGGAAGUUGCUGAGGCUGCGUCCUUACCAGGCCCCCACCGUGUGGUUUAGAAAGCCUGCCCUGGGGCCCCACCCCUUAGCAAAAGUACCAUGGCAACUGCCAGAGCUCUGUCCAUCCGACCACUGAGCCCACAGCACUCUGUCUUCUGAGACGUUUAAAAGACAUUCUUGUAAGUGACUACAAAACCUUCCGGGCAUUGGGAGCCAUUAGUGGCAGUACCAUUGGUGCCUCCGCAUCUCUCCCUUUCCCAGCCUGCUGGGUAAGUCUGCCUCCCUUGAGAGAGGCUGAGAAUGACAGAUACUCACUUUCUAAGACUCCCUUAUGCUAGGAGUGGCUGUGUCAUCCAGUUCUGACUAGUAAGACUUAAGGGCAACAGUGGGCUGGUAAACCAUUCUUCUGGGGAAAAAAGUCCUGUGGCAUUCACCAAGUUCCCUGUAUAAAUUCUGCCACCUUGCUGAUUUCAAGGGUGCUGGUGUUUAGCAACCAGCUCACAAAAUUCUAGAGAAUGUAAUAAUCUGCUUUCACAAGAAGAUACGAACUAGCUUCAGAGCACCAUUGCUUAAGAGGAAGUUUGCUGGGGCCUGGGGCCUCCUGAUAAAUAUUCCUGAUUAAAAAGAGAGAGACACAAACACACACAUUCUUGGUCCUUGCCUUUGAACAUGAUUAUAGGAUAUGAUGUGUGGAGCCGAGGCAGCCACUGUGUGACAAUGAGGCAAAAAGCCCUACACACUUAGGCUGAUGGAGCCAAAGGAUGAAAAGAACCUGAGAAUAAAGAGCCCAGAAAUAAACCUGAGCAUAAAUGGUCAAAUGAUUUUCAACAGGCCGGCCGAGACUAUUCAAUGGGGAAAGGAUAAUCUUUCAACAAACAGUGCUGGGAAAAGUAGAUAUCCACAUGCAAAAGAAUGAAAUUGGUCCCUUACCUUACACUAUAUACAAAAAUUAACUCAAAAUAGAUCAAACACCUAAACAUAUGAGCUAAAACUAUAAAACUCUUAGAAGAAAGCACAGAGGGAAAGCUUCGUGACAUUGAAUUUGGCGAUGAUUUCUUGGAUAUGACACCAAAGGCACAGGUGACAAAAGCAAAAAUAGAUAAAUUGGACUUCAUCGAAGUUAAAAACUUUUCUGCAUCAGUGGACACUAUCAACAGAGUGAAAAGGCAACCCACAGAAUGGGAGAAAAUAUUUGCAAAUCAUGUAUCUUAUAAGGGGUUAAUCUAUAAAGAAUUCUUACAACUCAACAGAACAAAUAAAAUUUUUAAAAACCCCAAUUCAAAAACAGAUUUCUCUUCAAAAAUUCUUUCUCCAAAGAACAUAUACAAAUAGCACACUGCUAUUAAUAAGGAAAAUGCAAAUCAAAACCACAAUGAAGUACUACUUCUCACCCAUUAGGAUGACUAUAAUUGAAAAACAGAAAAUAAAAAGUGUUGGUGAGGAUAUGGAGACACUUGAACCCUUGUACAGUGCUGGUGCAAAUGUAAGAUGGUGCAGCCACUGUGGAUAACAGUAUGGCAGUUCCUCAAAAAAUUAAACAUAGAGUUACCAUAUGAUCCUGCAAUUUCACUUCUAGGGGCAUACACAAAUUGACUGAAAGUGGGGACUCAAACAGAUAUUUGUACACUGAUGUUCACAGCAGCAUUAUUCACAAUAGCCAAGAGGUGGAAACAAUCUAAAUGUCCAUCCACUGAUGAAUGGAUAAACAAAAUGUCGUAUAGACAUACAAUGGAAUAUUAUUCAGUCUUAAAAGGAAUGAAAUUCUAAUGUAUGCUAGAACAUGGAUGAACCUUGAAAACAUCAUGCUAAGUGAAAUAAGCAAGUCACAUACAUUGUAUGAUUCCACUUAUAUGAGGAAAUAGAAUAGUCAAAUUCAAAGAGACAGAAAGUAAAAUAGUGGUUACCAGGGGUUGUGUGGAGGAGAAAAUGGGGAGUUGUUGUUAAAUGGGUACAAAAAUCAAUUUGGGAUAGCGACAAGUUUCUGGAGAUGGACAGUGGUACUAGUUGCACAACAAUGUGAAUGUACUUAAUGCCACCAAACUGUACGCUUUAAAAUGGUUAAAAUGGUAAAUUUUACAUUGUAUAUAUAUUUUAACACAAUUAAAAAAAAAAAAGCCUAGUUCCAAAAAGACAAACUUUAACCAAUGAACCAACCCUGGAACAACCUACGUAUAACAUCUUAUUAAGUGAGAUAAUUAAAUGUUUUUUUGUAUAA